GUCCAUCGCCCUCCCAAUCAUGUGAUUCAGGUGUUCCAAUCCCCUCCACAAUCAUGUGAUUCAGGUGUUCCAAUCCCCUCCAUAUCAUGUGAUUCAGGUGUUCCAAUCCCCUCCAUAUCACGUGAUUCGGGUGUUUCAAUCCCCUCCAUAUCAUGUGAUUCAGGUGUUCCAAUCCCCUCCAUAUCAUGUGAUUCAGAUGCUCCAAUCCCCUCCAUAUCAUGUGAUUUCAGGUGUUCCAAUACCCCUCCAUAUCAUGUGAUUGAGGUGUUCCAAUCCGCUCCAUAUCAUGUGAUUCAGGUGCUCCAAUCUCUUCCAAUCAUGUGAUUCAGGUGUUCCAAUCCCCUCCAUAUCAUGUGAUUCAGGUGUUCCAAUCCCCUCCAUAUCGGGAUUCAGGUGCUCCAAUUUCC